AUGGCAAUACGUAGUCCGUCAAUAACACUUUCUAAUGGGGUCGAAAUGCCUCAAAUGGGUCUAGGAACAUGGGUGACCACACCUGCUGAGAUGAAAGCAGCUCUAAAGAUAGCUAUCGAAACGGGUUAUCGGCUACUUGACACAGCUAGUUUGUACAAGAAUGAAGGUGCGAUUGGUGAGACUAUACAGGAGCUGAUUAAAAGCGGUGCGAUCAAGCGUGAGGAUCUUUUUAUCAUAACCAAGAGACAUAAAUCAGGUCUCGCUUCACUAUCAGCACGAAAGAUUCCAAAAUCUACUGCACUGAUGUUGAUGACAAAGAAAGUGUAA